AUGCUCAAUCACCCCGAGCCCUCAAAUCGCAUCGCCGUCUGGGUGCAAGACGUAUUCCCCAAGCUACGUGAAGCGCUCAACGAUGAUCCCAACACUGUAUCCGACAGUACUUUAGCAGCAGUGAUAAUGAUGGCGAGUCUGGAGGUUAUAUCUUCUGGAACAUUCGAGGUCCCCGUAUCCUGGCAAAGCCAUCUAACCAUGGCACGCCAGAUGAUCAUCCAGCGUGGCGGACCAAAGGGCAUGGGGCGGCAUGAUCGUGUGGCCUACUUCCUUUCGCGCUGGUUCGCAUACCUCGACGUCCUCGGCUCGCUGAGUGGGAACAAGAACGACACACCUCUUGGCUCUUUCUACUGGUCUAGCGAAAACGCUUCCGCGGACGAAGAUUUUGAGAUUGACUGUCUAAUGGGCUUUACAACAAGAUGUGUAGGAUCUUUGGCUCGCGUUUCUGAACUAGCGAAGCGCUGUGAACCGCAGCGCAUUGACGAAGAAGGCAAUGUGAGGGAGGGCUGGACUCCUAGCCCUGAGAUUGUAGAGGAAGCCAUCGAGCUUCGUCACGCACUGGAGGAAGGCUUACUGGGCCGCAACAUCAGGAAAGGAUGCAACCACCGCUCGAGUACCUCCUCUGAGUCUGAAGGUGCAUGGGAUGCAACCGAGAUCUACGCGACCAACGAAUUAUUCCACUGGGCGGGCCUAAUCCACUUGUAUCGUCGCGUUCUCGGAAAACCCGCCAUGGACCACGAAGUUCAGCAAGCCGUGCGAGAGAUUGUGGGCCUACUGUACAAGAUCCGGAGAGGAAGUACAGCAGAGGCAUGUUUGAUCUUUCCCAUGUUUGCUGCUGGCUGCGAUGCGCAAGAUGAAGGACAGAGGGAGAAGAUCAUUGAGCGGCUGAGGAGUGUGGAGGGCUUCGGACUGAACCAUGUAAGCUCCUGCCAUCAGAAAGUAAAGACUGACUUGCUUACUCCGUAUCAGGUACCCAAGAUCAGUACGCUCAUGAAGAGCGUCUGGGAUACCGGUAAACCUUGGGAGUCGCUCGUCUCUGGCGAGUUCUUCGGUUGA